CAUUUUUGAAUAGGUAACAGCGUGAAAUGGAAUGUCUUUACGAGUAUUUUUUAUCUAUAAUAUUCCUGAAAAGUUUGACACAACGCUAUUUUGUAUCGAUCAUUAAUUGUAUCUGACAAAAACCUGGUCUGUGGGAUGGACAUCAAAUAUACACAAGAAAUUAUGUGACUUAAUACCGGAUUAUGAUACUACCGCUUUCACUCUUGUACAUUAUAUUGAAUAAGCUGUAAUUACCGAUCUGCAGGUAGAUAUUCUCAGAACCGUUAACGUGCUCAUUAUAUUGAUGAGACAAUUGCCAAAGCACGGAAUAUAUGUAAAAGAAGGCAAAAUGACAAUAACUGUAAGAGGACUGAGCAGUAGAGAAAUAGUUGGUUAAUGAAUAUUAUUGAAGAGUGCACUGAGAGAGGGUUAAUGCAUCAACGAAUGCAUUAACGACGAUGUGUUUCAGGUAACGUCCAGGGGCGGCGAGUUUAGCUACGGCGGGAAAACAAAGGUCAAGGUCUGAGGGCGUCAGUCUAUUUAUAGUUGCGAUGUCGACAGAGGCUUUACUAUGACGAGCGCUGCGAACGGAUUGCCUGGGUUUGAGGCUGUACUGCGCGAGCACAAGCGGUUGGCUUCAAAACUAACGUCAGAUGAGAUCAGAGCCAUCUCGGAAUACAUCGAGGAGAGACUGCGGCAGGAGCAGGCCGAUAUCAACUUCCGGUUAUACGCGUUACGCAACGAUUAUGACAUCACAGUGCGCAGGAGCUCGGAAACGAUAACCGAUCUGUACCAGGAACUCAACGAAAAGAAAGAAAUUAUCAAGCACUAUCAGAGCUCAGAUAAGAACAUCAUAGCUGCACAUAAACAAAAAGAAGAGCGUUGGGAAAGAAAACAAGACUUGCUGUUGAAUGAGAUACAGAAGACCGAAGGAGAAGCCGCUAAAGCAAAGUCUAGACUCGAAACGCUUGAAAGCGAACUGGAGAAAACGACUAAAGCGGUGAGCGAGUUAGAGACUAAGCUAGAAAUAGCGAACAAAGCGGUAGCAAAGGUAGAAGAAGCAGAGCUGGUGAUACAGGAGCGAGAUGAGGGAAAGGUGGAGAUAUUGAAGCUUAAAAUGGAGGUAGACAAGCGGGACCGGGCUGUAUCGAGCAACGAGAAGAUGAUAGCAGUGUUAAAGGCGGACCUGGAACAGCUGGGAAAGGACAAGAAGUACACGGACAUGAGGACCACCAAUAUACAGGAUGAGCUCCGGAAACAGGUUGCAGAGGUGGCCGAGAAGUGCAAGCAGCUGACAGAGCUCCAGUUCCGGUUGCAAAUGGAGGAGCGGCAGGUGACCACGAUGCAGAAGCAGCUGAAGCAGGCGACCGAGGAGCUGAGAAAUUACAAGCGUCUCUUGGAGGAAGAACGACCGCCUCUACACCCAAAGGACCCCAUCGUAGUGACGCUGAAGAAGGAUCUCGACAUCAUGGACAUCCGUAUCCGGUCCCUAGACAUCGCAGUGCGCCUGCGCAUGGACGAAAUCAAGAAGCUAGAAGACCGCGUGGAGGACACGGAGGCAGAAGAGAAACUCGUGGAACAAAUUAGGAAAGAAAUUUACACUCACGGAGAUACCUUCCUCGAACUCACUGUAUCAGAGCUAGUGAAAAAGCUUGACUUUAAAAAGCGUCGUCUGCAGGACGAGUUGUCCUACGCACGGGACUGGGAACAACCGUCACGUGACGCCGAUAUGUUGCGAUCGGAAAUAACGGCGCUCAUGAAACAGGCGGCUAUAUGCAAAGCGACGGAGCUGAGCAAUCGAGCGGCGAAGCAGCUCCAGAAGAUUGAUCUCAUCAUGCGCGGGACGUCCGAUUCAUUCCGAAUGCCCAAGAUAUACAAAGUGUCCGAACGCGGAAACAGCGAUCAACGAUCUCACAGAUCUAAGCUUUCAAAUGGACACAGGCAUCCGCAAUUUCCGCACAAACCGGCGUUCAUAACGUCAUCGACGCCGAUAAAUUCGUUUGACUCAGGCGGAGGAUCAAUGACGUCACGAUCAACGCAUAAACGUUUCAACGUUCAAACUAGCAACGUCGUGCGAGUCUCAAAAUCCCGCGCAGGUCGACCGCCGGCUCUUGGGAACUACACUGACGAUUCUAAGAUUCAGUAUAUAGACACCGUGGAGCUGGACUUAUCCCGACUGACUCCCGUUUCUAGCUCGAGGCGCGAGAGCCAGUCGGACCGGAUGACUUUGAAAUCGGUGUCGGACAGCACGGUACCCGCAAUAUUGGAAUGAACUAUCGUUUAGUGCUUCGAUGCCGCCGAGGGGACCCUGCAGUGUACCAGCUAAAGAAAAGAACACAUUUGAUUGACAACAGAGGAGGUAUUAACGUGCUGGUCAAGAUUCGCCUUAUUAUACCCUUUAUUACUGGUACUAUUAUUUUUCAAAUGCAGCUCAAUGUCCGGCCAUAUCAGCAAGAAAGUUGCUGGCGUUUAUUUCAUAUUCAUAUUCGCUCAUAUCUCGACUUUACUCGCUUCUAAAUUUCUUAGCGGGAUAACCUUACUACAGCUCCACUAAAAAAAUCGCAGAAAGCUUAGUCGAGUUAUAAAGCGAAAUUUAAUACGAAAUAAACGCUAAUCACUAUCGUACUCAUAUGGCUGGAAAAAGCGCUUCUUUUAAAAAAAUUAAGAAAAGUAAUAUAGGAUAUAAAACGGUGGAAAAUACCUGUCUCGGCAUGGACGUCGUUAUCUUGACUAUUACGUGAUAACUCCCUCUGUUGACAAGCGACCUUGCUGCUCAUUUAAAUAAAUGUAAUGUCGUGAAGAUUUAUAAAUUGAUCACGAUAUUAUUUUUUCCGAAGAAAUGCGUUCAGCACUAGUAUUGUCCGUCCUUCUGUCUCUCCGCCCGUCCGUCCGUCCGCUAAUUAGGACCACGACUAUCUAUUCAGUAACUAUUUAUUGAGGAUAUCGAGAGACCGUGUAUGGUCCAAGAAACCUAACUCUUUCUGUAUAAUAUCUUGAUCUGUUUCAAUUUGCUUUCUUUUAUUGUGCAUCGCAUAACUACAAACAGCAAUUUUCUUGUGCAAAGGGUAUUGAAGGCAUUCUAACGAAAACUUCAUAUUCAUAAGGAGUUUUGAGACGAGGUGCAAAGUAAAAUAACCACGAGUUGUUCUUUAAUAUGUGUCUUGUUUUGUGAAAAUUUGGCAAAAUGCAUGUGCGUAAAGUGUCGUCCCAGAUUAGCCUGUGCAGUCCGCACAGGCUUAUCAGGGACGACACUUUCAGCUUUAAUGGUAUUUUUCGAUUAAAGGAAGUCCUUUUUAACCGAAAAUCUAUUUUAAGCGGAAAGUUUCGUUCCUGAUUAGCAUCUGCGGGCUGCACAGGCUAAUCUGGGACGACACUUUACGCACAUGCAUUAUGUCCAGUUUUCUCAGAACACGACUCAAUUAUUUACAGAGUUAUUGUGAUGUGCAGUCUACAAUUUCAAUUUAAACUGUUUUAACAUAGAACUUCAUAAAUUUACAAAGAACACGGCGGAGAAGUGCAGACUGAACGUACUACAACUCUCUUCAGUGAUUUUAUUUAUUUCAAUUGAAUAAUGUUCAUGCGCACAGCACUACCGCAUAAUGCAAUUUAUUAUGCAGAUCAUAACUCCUAGUCACAAACGGAUUCGAAUCAAACUUUAUAUACACAUAUUAGACUUUUGCAGGACGUAUAGGGUACAAUAACCGUUACUCACUAUUCUUUGACGUGGGUGGCGCUAUUGUCCGUCCAUUUAGUUUUGUGUGCACAGCAAAACUAUUUUCAAUUAUUAAAAAACGGGAAUGUCUUUAAUAACUCAUUCAUAGGCUUUGGAAUAAAGAAAAUACAUCUACUUAGAUUCACGCUAAAACACUCCCGACUUUGAUUAUGUGCAUGUUGUCAAUGGUGGUCGCAAUAAAAUUCCAUUAAUAAAGAAAUAUGUUACUAGUGGUUAAUUUCAAGUUUGACUUUAAAUGAAAACAAUUAUUGAAUUUUUAAAUUAUUAAAAAUUAUAUUCUGUAUUAAAAGUCUUAUGUCUGA